AUGGAUAGUCAUCAACAGACAGUUCAUGAUUUUUGUUCUUCUUCAAAACAAAUAUCAAUUCCAAAACAAUUAAAAUUACGUGUUACACAAGCAUGCACAGAAUUUUGUGCUAUAGAUAGUCGAGCAUUCGGUGUGAUAACAGGUGAUGGUUUUCAGAAUCUUGCAAAAGUUUUAUUUGAUGCCGGUCGUUCGAUGUAUAAAUCUUCAAUUCAAAUAACAGAUCUUCCACAUCCGACAACAGAAUAUAAAUUGAAUUUGGUGAAUGUUUGCGAGCAACUGAAGAAUUUUUGUUUAGUGGUCGUUCAAUGGACGGAAACUUAUACAGGCAUUAGCUACUGUGAUGCAGCAAGUCAUUCUGCACCACAUCUUCGAGAAUUUAUUAUUAAAAAAUUAAAAGAAUUUAAAUUACAACUAGAUUUAACAAAAUACGUCGUCUGUGAUAAUGAACCAAAAAUGAUCGCAACAUUUCGUGAUUGUUGUAUUUGUAUAGGAUGUGCUGAUCAUUAUCUGAAUAAACAACUUCAGCAUGCUUUUGAAUCAGAACAAAUACAUAUUAAUAAAAACACAGUUGAAAAAGUUGAUUGUGGUGAUAUUCAAAAUCUUUUUAACCAAAUUAAAAAAGUUGUUUGUCAUACAAAACGUUCACAUCAACAACAAACUUUAUCUAAGAAACUUGUUUCUUACAGUGGAACUCGAUUUAAUGGUGGUUUAACCCUUUCGCGGCGAUGUCGCCCACCGGUGAGCGACGCUAUAGUUUAA